AUGCUCCCAACUUUCUAUGGGGGAGAUGACAAUGAUACACAUUCAAAUGCCAUUCCUCCUUUACCUAUUGGGUUAAUAGAGGAGAGCGACAGCGGUUUUCAAAAUUUUGCCAAUUCAACACAAAGAGGAAAUUCAUUAUUUUCAAAUCAAAAGAAAUCUCAACGACUUUUGCCAGAGCCUGAAAUAAUUGGAGAUGUUUUUCCAUCUUCCCAACGAAAAAAUCAAAUUAAUCCAAUUUUAAUUCAAAGCCCUCGUAUUCGCGAAGAUUCAAACAGAAUUAUUCUCGAAAAUGGUGAUUCAUACAUGGGUCCAUCCGAUUCUACUCGAUCAGGACAAGAUUCUUAUAUGGGACCAUCAGAUUCCUACUUAGGACCUUCAGAUUCAACUAGAUCAGGUCAAAACUCAUAUGUUGGACCGUCUGAUUCCUAUUUAGGACCAUCAGAUACAUCAACAAGCAAAAUUGGCUGGCAAUACCCAUACGCGCAGCACCAACAAUCGAAAAAGUCCAAUUCAUCAUUCCAGAACUCAUCAGCCAACGAACAAUAUACAAAUUCAUUUGCUCCUGCAAAUGCCCAAAAAUUUGAUUUUAAUGAUCCGAAUUUUCUCAACGGCGACGUUCCACAUAGUCUUUUUGAGCCUGUCAAGAUGGAUAGCCAUGUUCCCGAUCUCCCAACACCAUCAGCAACUCCAACCAGACUUGUUCAAUCCGUUCGAGUUCGUGCAAUGAAACAAGAGAUCGAACAAGCAUCCAAAAUGUGGAUGAAACGGAUUAACGAUGAAGAACAGAAGCAGAAGGAGCAAAUGAAACAACUCAUUGCUGGACAAGUCCAAGAAUUACGAACAUUUGACGAAAGAAAUGGAAUUUUGCCAAGAGCUGUUUCAGCACUUCCUCCGACCCUCAAAAUGAUCUGUAGCAACAAGAACAAAGCUCUUGUGAGAGUUCCGAUAUCAACAACAAGAGGAGCACAAAGGAAACCUCUUUCUACACCAAGACAAAACGAACAAGAGUCAUCUAAAAGAAAGAUGAUUCUAGCAAGACAUCAAAAGGAAGUUAUUGCUGCAAACAACGAAUGCAACCAAAGAUUGUCUGCAAUGAGAUAUCAAAUGGAAAGAGAUAUAGAGAGAAGGUGCCAAGAACUUUCUUCUUUGUCUGGUUUUCCAAUUGAUUACAGAGAAUUUUUAGUCAGUCAGCAGACUUCAUCAAGAAACAUUGCUGAUGGAAAGACUUAUCAUCUGAUAAUCAAACUUGAAAUAUAA